AUGACGAUGCACCCGGCUUCGCAGCGGCUUUGGCCUUUAGCCUCCGCCGCGGCUUCGGCGGCUGCCAGCGCGGCGGGCGCAGCGGCCAGCGGCCUCUUGGGCACCAGCUCGUCUACGGACGAACCGCCGGAGGCGAGUCGGAAAAGCUCCUUGCUGUUGCAAGAGCUGUCGCUGACCGCAGAGAGGGCCCAGGCCUUGGCAUGCAGUGUUGCAGACCGGCUCAGCUUCGCCAGGACGGAGCUGGACGGUGCCAUCUCUCCUGCAGGGCAUGUGUUCAGGGGGAUCUGCGCAGCUGGGCAGAGAGCUUCGUGGGCCUUACAAAGACUCGGGUCCUCCACAAGUGAGUUCUUGGGAUCUCAGGGCUCCAACUCCACGCUUUCGGAACUCCGUGGGCUGGGCAACCGGCUUUGGGAGAACUGGCGUGCAAAGCACGAGGCCCUGACGGCUGCAGAACGGACGUAUCUCGGCCUGUUGGCAGAUGCUCGACGCAGUGCUGCUACCUCUACGGAGCUCAAGUCGUUGAGAGCGCAGUUUGCCGAGGCCGAUGGCGACCUUGGGCCUGAUGCCAGGGCCAAGGCCUUGGCACAGUGCCAUUCUGCUAUCGAAGCCCAGGCCGGGGAGGCAGUAUGUUCGUUCACGGAACGAUCCAAAGACUAUCCAUGUGGAUGGCCGCACCCACGAACGGGUUUGCUCAGAAUAGCGAGAUCUGAUGCUGAUUUGGCGGUCAUCCAGGAGGCCUUCAAGACGGGCGUGAUCGAGCAGAAGCAAGAGCUGCUCACACAGGCAGAAGAACUUGUUCUGGCGCCAGACUUGAGGACCCUCACAUCUUCCUUGUCUCGGCGCGUGGCCUUCUGGGAGGACCAGAUCGAAGAGAGCUGGCUGCAGUGGUCUACGCAGUCUAGUCUAUUCCACGAGGCACAAACAGAUGCAUCGGAGACAUGGGAGAAGCUGCGCGAGCAGUCCUACAACCUGCUGGAAGCUACCAACGCCCUUCUGGCUGACUCGGCUGGUGGAUUGGAUGGCCAGGUGGCUGACCCUUUCGACGAGUCGUUGCACGAUACCUUUGCCGAGGUGGCAACUGUUCUCGCACUGCUCGGGAGCUGGGCGCACCUUCACAACUUGAGGGGUGAUGGCCACGUGCUGACGGACAUGCGAGAUCUAUUUCGCAGUAUCAUUGUCUGCCUCGAUACUGGCUUCGCUGCUUUGGGCUACCAGGGCAGCAGCGCGGUGCGGCAUCGCUUAGGCUUAGAGAGUUCGUGGCGGCUGGCAGAGGAGUGUCCAGCAGAGGCGGCGAGGGAUCACUGGUGGCUGCCUGAUGCAUGGCCGAAGAGAAGGCCGGCAGAACAGAGAGAAUCCGAGGGAGGUUUGCCCCACCCGAGACCGAACUUCUCUGGGCCAUCGCUGAGCGCAGCUCCGGGCUAG